UACACAAAUGCAAUUACACAGAGAGGCAGAAACAUAAGCACACCUUCCCUCACUGAACAAUAUGGAAAUAUGGCCUAGCGCAGAUAAAAUACGGCUCUAUUGUUUGUUGUUAGCCCUGAGGGGACGACACAAAGCUUAAUUAAGGACACUUCACAAGAAACUUCAAGUGAGGUGACACGGGAGAGUGCUACUUUGUCAAUAAUUUUGAGGAGGAGUGCGGUAAGGAGUGUGUGGUGCGGCACGGCGGCAUGCUCUCACCCUCUAACUGUGUUUUGCUCUGGCUUCCCACACCUGCAAGUGUUGACACGUCUGCAGCUGUGUGACUGAUUGCAUAAACUUGGCUGCGGUCGGUCCCAAAGCUCUCUGUGUGUCUGUUUGCUCACUCUAGUGCCUCACCUGUUUCAUGGGUGAAAUGGAAAGUCACUUCGCACUCUUAUUUAAUCCCAAUACACAAUACGCCUCCUCAGCAGAACUACUUGAAGCGUACUUACAUGGAUUUAUUUUUGAAGAAUCUCACAUGUGACACUCUAUUAUUGUGUCUGUAAGAUAUUAUCGGUUACUCUGGUCUGCCUAGGCUUUUUUCCUCAAAACCCGGGGGACGCUAACAAGUACCAGCUGUUUUUUUUUCCUCUGAGGAGUUCUCUGACGGAGUUUCGGGAGGGCUCUGGGACCACGCUGUGAUGUGAGUCAUCGGCAAGAAGCUGUCAGCGGCAAAAAAUCUGCUCUCCACCUCCCCACCCCCCUCCAGCCUGACAUCUGUGAAGAGAUGUUUACAUGGACCCCCUCUCAUCUGGAUGACACACAGUGACCCAUUGCCUCAGCGGGCCCUUUGACACACACCACCAACUUUUUUUUCCCUCAUCAAGAACAUCACUUCUCCUGUUCCACUAAGAGUGGGUUUUUAUUUAGUGCUUUUCGCACCGCUGUACGCCCAAGGCCAGAGCUAGAGCCCAAGAGGGAGCCAGGACCGGAGCCAUGUGUCAUGUGAUUGUAACGUGCCGCUCCAUGCUGUGGACUCUGCUGAGCAUCGUGGUGGCGUUCGCCGAGCUCAUCGCCUUCAUGGGCCCCGACUGGCUGGUCAGUCCGCCCAGCGGGCCCAUCUCCACCAACGGGAGCUACCGUCUCUCGUCCAGGCCCCACCGUCCCACGCUGGGCCUGUACGCCCGCUGCCGGAAGGUGCCCUACCACCACCGCGACAUCCAGUGCGGGCCCUACGCCGCCCACUUCGGGGAGAUCGCCAGUGGCUUCUGGCAGGCCACGGUCAUUUUCCUGGCAGUGGCCAUCCUCAUACUGUCCGUGGUGGCGCUCUUUGCUGUCUUCAGCAUGUGUUUCCAGAGCAUCAUGAGGAAAAGCAUCUUCAACGUCUGUGGCCUGCUUCAGGGUAUUGCAGGUCUGUUCCUCAUCAUGGGUCUGAUGUUGUACCCGGCCGGCUGGGGCUGUGUCAAGGUCAAGCAGUACUGCGGCGAGGACAGCUCACCGUACCGAGUGGGCGACUGCUCGCUGGGCUGGGCCUUCUACGCGGCCAUCGGCGGCACCGUGCUCACGUUCUUCUGUGCCAUGUUCUCCGCCCAGGCCGAGAAAGCCACGUCGAGCGACAAGGUCCAGGACGAGAUUGAAGAGGGAAGAAGCCUUGUUUGUGUGCUGUGAAAAGAGGGAGAGAAGGAGAAAAAAACAGCCCAGCACAACACAGCCUCGGCAUUACAAGGGCCAUGAUUUCAAAAGGGAUCGUAAAGUUGUCAUUUUACCACAUUAGAACCACUGUCAUCAAACCAGGACGCACAAGGCCAGCAUGUCAUUUUAGUGAGGUCAUGACAGUCUCCUCUUAAGCAGCCGGCAUGAAAGGAGGGAAUUUUAACCCACCCGUUUGUCCCCGGCUGGUAAAUUUGUCUAGGGUGAGGUAAAUACCAGCAUUCCUUUACACACCAGCCCUAUACUGUUUUACUUAGCAUGGAAUAGGCAUUUUAGGUAUGUAGUUAGACAAAACGAAACCAAGGACAUCACUACCACUUUUAUAUUACUGAAAGUAUACUAGAAAGGCCUUUGUUUGUUUUUGUGAAGAAAUGUAAUAGAUGAGGUGAAUGUACUUUGAGAAAAGAUAUCAAGUGGUGCUAAAAAAGCACUAGAUGUGUAGAUAUCUCAUGGCAUUUUAUGAAGAAUGAUCAAAAUCCUAGUAUGUGUUAGCCAGUAUGUCCCGUUGAUUACAAUGUUUCCAAGUUCAAUUCUAAUAGCAAUUUUGUUUGCCUGGGACUCACAUAGAAAUCCUGGAAUGAGUACAACACAAGACAAAUGAGAAUGAUUCACUUCGAAGACUUUGAAAAAGAAAUAGCGACAUACCACGCUGCUGCUUUGCAUGGCUUCAGUGUUUCGUUUACCCUUAUUUGGCUGUAGAUUCUGUAAUGGGGAAAUCUACUGCCAGAGAAACAACAUAUUUUGAAUUACUGUAAUAUGUGCCUUGUAGCUUUGCCACUCUUUACAAAUAUGGAUCACAUGGAGACAGACGGGCAGUGAGAACCGCGGUUAGCUCAGCAUCUAAGUCUGUACGUGUGUGGGAGACAAUCUGCUUUCACAUGGGGGUGUUCAAUUGGGGCCAUGGCAGCUUGGUCACAUGUUCCCAUAAAUGGUGCAACGGGAAACUCUCUCUCCAACACACAUUUCACGAAUCAAUAAUGUUUACGCUCUUUUAUCUCGAGUUUACCGGUGAAACUGGACCCUGCAAAGUUACCAAGCCGUUGGUAAAAAAAGCACAUUUGGUGAACAUAUGGAGUUUAGGAAAGAGUUGCUAAGCGAUUAUGUGGAAUAUUUGUGGUCCUCAGUACACAGUAGGACUGCAAACACAGCAAAGAAGUGAUAUCAUUCCAUAGAACAGCCAGCGAUAGGGGGGCUGAAGGGGAGGGCUGAAUAUUGGUACAGCUGAUUCAGUCAUGAUUACAGAAGAUAAUACAUGGCAUUGUGAGUAUCCUGAUAUGAUAUAUGAUAUAUAUCCUGAUGUCACAUCAAAUACCAAGAACUCAUCUUUUUGAAUUAUUAGUGUUAAUCAUAUAUUGUCAUGGAUAGGCUACUAACAAGUUCAUUUGCUUUCAUAGCUCACUAUAUGGUGUUUAGAAUGUCUUAGCCAUGUCUGUGUUAAUAAUACUACUCAGUAUUUUUGAACGAUAUCGUCUUUAAAAAAGCAGAAACAGAACAGAAGAAUGAGGCCCUUGUAUAUCACAAUACUGUCAGAGAAUUGUGAUGCAUUAGAUUAUGUUAGAUGCGUCAGAAUAAUUGUCCUUUGUGAUACCCACCUCCAUCACUUACACUUUUGUAAUGCAUUUUAACCACUACCAGUGUCCAACCACUACUACUACACCAAUACUGACUAGCAUUCUGACCACUUACGGCUCCUCUCGGUUAACCAAUCAAUGGGGCUGGGAGCAUUUUACAUUAAGCUUUUUCUGGUGACGAUUUGGAAUCACAAAGAAGCUGUGCUUUACUAUAUGAGGAUUGCUUUAUACCAAAGAUUCUAGAACAGAGCUCUGUUCUAGAAUCUUUGCUUUAUACUGCACUCAUUAAAAAGCUGGAAAUAUACUUUAUGCUCUCACACUCCAUUUUUGUUUUGUUUUUCUUUCCUUCUUCUUUUAGCCUUUUCAGAUGAUAAACCGUUAUCGUGUCAUGCAGUACUUUAUAAAAAUAGCCAGCCUACCCGCCAUAGUGGUUUUGAUGCACCUUUGUUAUCAAAGACAAAACAAAAACAAAACAGCUUUAAACACAUAUUCUACCAAACGCUUCUUCAUACCUCUUGCAGACUGACAAUUUCUCCACACAAAAACACAGACAGCGACAUUAUCCAACAAUUCAUUUCGGUGUGGCCCAGGAUGAGUUGAAGCUGUGGUUUAAAGCAGCGGUUUUAGAGAGAGAAAAAAACAACAUGCACAAAAACAUUUCUUCAUCUUUUACUCCAUGGCAAGCACUAUAAUAUGUCGUGGCAUUAAAAUGCCACCAUAACCACCAACACUUUGCUCAGGCUUAUGGUGUGGUAUGGCUCUGGAGUACUGUAUUGACAUGCAUUUGCUGUUGUUUUUUUAUGUGUUUUUGAAUUGCUGUUUGUUGUCUAAGGUGCCAAACUAAUUGCUGUGCAUGACAUUGCUUUCUUCUGUCAUCUGUUGCAUCUAUAUGUACUGUGGUGCAUGUGAGAGAUGAGAUGUGCAAUAUUCCACUAUAGUGCCCUCUGGUGGCAGAAGGACCAGGGUGCAAGCUGAGGGAAAAUCAGCUCAGACUUAUUGCUGUAUCUUCUGCCUCUAAUCUGUUUCAAUUGAAGCUAUUCUUAAAAAUAAGGAAGUGAGUUUCAUGAUUUUCUAUGAUUAGCAAAGAAUCUCAUUUUAUUGCUAGAAAUGUAGUCAGUAGAAAUUAACUGUUCUAUUAACACAUGAUUCCAUUCAUGAGAAGCAAAACUUUUUUUGUGCUCUCUCAUUUCAGACUUCAGCAGUGGGAUUAAGCAAUGUGGGAGUUCAAAUAAUGUAACAUACUCUUUGCUUUUCUGUUUCUUUGAAAUUGGAAGUUCUUAUGUCAUUUUUUUUAAAUAAAAGAAAUAUCACCCUGAAAA